UACAUACAAAUACUAGGAAAAACAUAAACAAUACGUGAGUACAGUACAGGUUGAAAAUACAAAGAAAAUGUUUCCACAGUGGCAAUUCAAAAAGUGCCCCAAAACAAGGCCAAGCCAACUACUCUCUUCCUCUCCCUCUCUCAUGGCCUCUCUCUCCUCUUCAUUCCUCUCCAAUCCUCGUUCUCUCCGCUCCCCUAAUCCAAACCCUAAUCCCAAUACCCACCUCCCAAUUCGAACCCUCAAUUUUCUCGCCAAAGCCUCGUCACAGGACCCGAAACUCACCACUGACCCACCACCGGAAAAGAAGUCGUUUGCGGUGGCCACCGGUGAGCUUUUUCUCGGAAUAGCGUCGCGGAUAAUUAAGAAGCGCGGAGAAGAAUCGGCGAAUGGUUCGGUUACAAUGUUUAAGGAUGAUUUGGAGAGGGAAAAGGAGAGGGAGAGAGAAUUUUCGUGGUUUUGGAAGAGAAGGAAAGAGGGGAUAGCGACGGUGUUGGAGGACCCGGUUCAGCCGGAGGUGGUUUGGGAGCAGAGUUUGAAGGAUGUGGAGGCGGAGAGGGGUCGCAAGGUGGUGUCAAGCCCUGGGUUUAGUUUUUCUGCUGCUGGGCUUUUGUUUCCUUACCAUCUCGGGGUUGCUCAGUUUCUUAUCGAGAAGGGUUAUAUAAAGGAGACCACACCAUUGGCUGGUUCAUCAGCUGGUGCUAUUGUGUGUGCAGUGAUUGCAUCUGGAGCCAGUAUGCAAGAGGCCUUACAGGCCACCAAAAUCUUGGCUGAAAAUUGUCGGCUUAAAGGGACUGCAUUUCGCCUUGGGGCUGUUCUCAGAGAUGUUCUUGACAAGUUUCUACCAGAUGAUGUUCAUACGAGGUCCAAUGGGAGGGUUCGUAUUGCUGUAACACAGAUACUUUGGAGGCCUAGAGGCUUAUUGGUUGACCAGUUUGAUUCAAAAGAAGAUCUCAUCAAUGCAGUCUUUACUUCUUCCUUCAUUCCUGGAUAUCUUGCACCAAGGCCAGCAACAAUGUUUCGAAAUCGACUUUGUAUUGAUGGGGGUUUGACAUUGUUUAUGCCUCCAACAUCUGCUGCUCAAACGGUUCGUGUCUGUGCUUUUCCAGCCAGUCUGUUGGGAUUCCAGGAGAUUGGGAUAAGUCCCGACUUGAACCCAGAAAAUAGGGCAAGUCCUCGAGAGCUUUUUAAUUGGGCACUUGAGCCAGCAGACGAUUAUAUUCUUGAUAAGCUCUUUAAGCUAGGAUACUUAGAUGCAGCCGCGUGGGCUCAGGAGAACCCCGUCGAUGAAUUAGUUCGAGACGAAAGCCCCUGCAUGGAAAAUGGAGUGGCACACUAGUUCAUUGAAAAGGUUAAUAUGAUCCAGUUCAGCAUUGUAGAUAGAUGAAAUGGUGUGGUGAUUUCUCACCACCUAUGUAUUGGCCUCAAGCUCCAGCCAUUGGCCACCCUUGCGGUCGGAGAGAACAACUGUAGGACAGCUUGUCUAAAAGCCAUGCUGGUCAGACUUGCAGAAAAUGAUUUUGAAGAAUAGUGAAGGAAUACAAUACAUUCUUAUACGUAUUGUAUAAGAAUACAUUCUUAUACGUAUUUUUUUUUGAUCCAAUACAUUCUUAUACGUUGUAACCUACGAAAAUGUACUUAAAUAAA